CUGCCCAUUAGUUUGCAUAUAAAUUACAAUUAUUGCUUUUUUUUUUGGUGGUGGUAUUAAUUGACUUUGAAAUGGGAGCUCCUUUUUUGCGGUUCGGUUUUUUUUUUUCAGUGGGUGCCCCCCUCCAACUCAAUGCCUACCCCUGCAAUACGGUGGCCGUUAUCGGAGCUGGCUUAGCAGGAGCCAUCACCCUCGAUGCUCUCGUGCGGGAGAAGGCCUUUGACCUGAUACGUGUCUUUGAGAGGAGAGAAGGGCCGGCACGCACGACCUGCGUGGCCUCCACAAAAGGAUCGGGGACCUCAAACCUUCAGGCCCUGAGCGACCGCACCGCGGACCCGCCGCUGCGCCCGCCGGUGGUGCUGCCCGCCGAGGCCCCCAGGGCCCCUCCGCGCUUCGCCGAGUCCUCCAUCUACCCGUACCUCGAGACCAACGUGGACCACCGGUCCAUGCGGUUCUCGGCCGAGCCCAUCCCCGCCGACGCGACCGCGGCGUCGGCGGAGCUGUACGGGCCCGGGACGCCGUUCCGCCACUGGGAGGUGCUGCGGCGCUACGUCUCCGACGUCGUCGCCCGGGCUGCCGGGGACGCCGGGGACGGCGUCUCGGUAUCCUACGGCACCACCGUCGAGCUGGUCGAAAAGGCCGGCGAGGAGUGGGAGGUGACGCUGCGGAGGGAGCAGGGCGAGGGGCGCGACUACUGGUGGGCGGAGCGGUUCGACGCCGUCGUGGUCGCCAGUGGGCACUACAACGUGCCGUACGUGCCGGCGAUCGAGGGGUUGGAUGAGUUCCAGCGCGCGAGGCCGGGUAGUGUGCUGCACAGCAAGUAUUUCAGGGGUAGGGAUCAGUUUCAGGGGCAAAGUGAGAAACAGCAAAAAACUGUCGUUGUCGUGGGCGCCUCCGUCUCGGCCGCAGACAUCGCCUUCGACCUGGUCAAGGUCGCGAAACCCCCCGUGCACGCCGUCGUGCUGGGCCACACGGCCAACGCCUACUUCGGCGACAGGACCUUUGACCACCCGCGAAUCACCAAGCGGUCCUCCAUCGCGCGCGUCGACCCGUCCGCCGCGGCCGUGCACCUGGCCGACGGGGGCGUGAUCAGGGACGCCGACCACAUCAUCAUGGGCACGGGCCACACCUGGACGCUGCUGUUCCUGCCCUGCGCACCCGCGCGCAACAACCGCGUGCCGGGCCCGUACCAGCACGCCGUCUUCCGGCGCGACCCGACGCUGCUGUUCGUCGGCGCCGUGGGCGCGGGCCUGACGUUCAAGAUCUUCGAGUGGCAGGCCGUCCUGGCGGCCCGCCUGCUGGCCGGGCGGACCGCGCGGCCGCUCCCCGCCGCCGAGGAGAUGGAGCGCUGGGAGGACGAGAGGGUCGCGGCCAGGGGGGACGGCGCCCGGUUCACGCUCAUCUACCCCGAAUUCGAGGAGUACUUUGAGGAGCUGAGGGGGCUCGCGGGCGAGGGGCUCGACGGCUGCGGGAGGAAGCUGCCGAGGUUCGACCCGGAGUGGGCGCGGCUGUUCAUGGCCGGCCACGAGCUGCGGAAAGACAGGUGGAGGAGGAUCAAUACAGAGGCGGCCGAGGAGGAAGGCCGGAAGGAUGGUUCGGCCACGGCAGUAAGCAGAAACUGA